AUGUCCGAGCUCGCAUUCGCCAAAUCUUUCCUCUCCUCGCUGGACUCUCGUCCCAUCAAGAUCCGUGCUGAUCAUGUCUUUGAUCCGGAACGAGUUGGCCUGCGCGUGCCGUACACCCUCCCCCGCUUGCAAGCCCCGCACCCGGAGAUGCCCAAGAAAACAAAGCAGACGCAGGCCCCCGGCGCUUCGAAAUCGGUCAAUAUCAAAGUCAAAUCUGCGCGGAACCCGACUCUCGAGUUCACUAUUACCAAUGCGCCCGUCACAACUACCUCCGUCCAAGACCUGAAAGAUGCCGUCCGGGAACGUGUCACAGAUGCGCAAGGAACCCCGGUAGCAUUGGAUAAGAUCAAGAUCCUAUAUCGCCGCAAGCCCGUACCAGGAACUGGGAAGACGGUGGCUGAGGUCUUGGCCGAUGAGCCCGAGAUGCUGACCGGGGGUAAAGAGGUUGAGUUCGGUGUCAUGAUUAUUGGAGGUGCACAGGUAAUUGAGGCAGUCGAGUCCCAGCCAGAAGCCGCCCCAGAAGAGGUACCCAAGCCAGCAGUCGGGCCCAGUGGUGCAGAGGUGUUGAAGACGGAUGCUUUCUGGGAUGAUUUGCAGGGAUUUAUGGAGCAGCGGUUGAAGGAUGCUGAUGAGGCGAAGCGCUUAGCAGUGCUCUUUAAGGGUGCUUGGAGCUCCAAUCAAUAG